GCCGCCCGGCAACGAAAAAGUUACGCAAGAAAACCUCGCAAAAAUGCGAAAAAAUCGUACAAAAUAGUGUAAAUCUGGGUGUUUUUUUUGUAGAAGUAUCACUCACAAUACGCUUAUGUGGACUACGCUGAGUAAGACGGUGCGUGCCGGAACGGCGAUAGCGGUUCGCCGGAAUUUCUGUACGCCGGUAGUAAACAUCUUCGAUCGCAAAGCUAAAAGAUUACAGCGCGAGCGGGCCGCACGAAGAGAUGAUGUGGAACUUUACGAUUACAUCAAGGAAGAGGUCGGUUGGCGGUUAGCGGACAGAAUAUUUGAUAUCAAACGCCAGUUUCACAAUGCCGUCGAUCUUGGGGCAGGCCGUGGAUACGUUACGAACCACGUGCUGGGUGAGACGGUCCAGCGGCUAACCGCCGUCGAUCUAAGCCCAACGAUGCUGGCACAAAUCAAGGGAACACCUGGGUUGGAUUUUACCGUGCAGGAGAUGGACGAGGAACGGUUCGCGUUCGAGGAAAAUUCACUCGAUCUCGUAGUGUCGAGCAUGAGCAUGCACUGGGUAAACGAUCUGCCGGCUUGCUUUCGGGCAGUAAACCGAUCCCUAAAGCCCGAUGGUGUCUUCAUUGGGGCCAUGUUUGGUGGUGAAACGCUGUACGAGCUUCGGUCGGCCCUGCAGCUGGCAGAACAGGAACGUCGCGGUGGUCUCUCCCCUCACAUCUCACCAUUCACGCAGAUCCGCGAUGUCGGAAUGCUGCUGAAUCGUGGUGGAUUUACGCUAUUGACGAUCGACACAGAUGAACUGGUCGUGGGCUAUCCGUCUAUGUUCGAGCUGAUGUACGAUCUGAAGGGGAUGGCGGAAAGUAAUGCCGCCUUCAGUCGGCCACUGCAUAUCGGACGUGAUACACUGAUGGCAGCGGCCGCUAUCUACCAGGACAUGUACGCACGGGUUAGCAAGGACGAUGCCACGGGUCUGGAGCAGCAAGGUGUUUCAGCGACGUUUCAAAUCAUUUUCUUCGUUGGCUGGAAACCUUGCGCCACGCAACCCCAACCGGCGGAACGUGGAUCGGCAACGGUUUCAUUCAAGGAUCUUGGCGAAGUCAUAACAAAGAAGAAACAAUAAACCCGUGGUGACAUGGUCAUUUUGUCGGAUUUUUUAUUUAUCUCAA